AUGUCGGUGACUCGGGGACCGCGUCAAUCAGACUUCAUCGAUACCUGGCCAACUAGCUCGUCUACUGGUGUCCUAUAUAAUCCCUAUGCUAUCCUGGCCAUCUCUUCACCUCCCCCCAUGUCUUUCUCCUCUUUCUCCGAUAUACCGCCCAUGCCGGGGUAUAUGUGCCAGCUUCCGCCUAUGAGCCCAUUUUUACCGUCUGAUGCAGUGUUCCCCCACACUGUGAGGACGACGAUGAAUGGAAUCAAUAUCGCACAGAAGGGACCCGCUGUCAAGGAGAAGAAACCGAUACCAGACAAGAGCAAGACCGAGGUCCCUUGCGACCGUUAUCUGAAGCGCUUCCAGAUUUGGGACCCUGAAGACUUCGAAUAUGUCCCGUAUGACCUGAGUGUGAACGAAUCCUCUCCUACUCCCAAGGAAGAAGACCAUGUCAAUUAUUUCUACCUCGACAUGCGGUACAAAAAUGAACGAUCUGAACCGGAGGCCUGGGUGACAAAUUUCAGCAAGCCGUCGCUGGCUUUUCUGCGAAUCACUGUUGGAGAUGACUUCUUCCUCAAGGAACCCGAGGUCCUUGUCACGUCCCUUUUCCCAAAGCUUUCUCUGAUGAGAAAGACGCUGGCGACCGCGCAUUCCUUUCUUUUAUCGGACAAGACGCAUACCCCCGAGGAAUGUCUUCACAUUAUGAAGUCCGUAGGACUGAAUCGCAUAGAAGAGGAAGGCUCAACCCCGGAAUCCGAUAUGAUCCAACAAAUCAAGGAAUUGGUAGAGCAUGUCGAAGUUCUCAUGACAUACCUUGAGGAUCAAUUCAAACCAAUUGCUGAUCGAGUAGCGUUAGCUACUAGUUACGGGCAUGCUGAGUUUGAUCUACUUCAAUACUUCUCCGAACCUGGGCAGGAGAUGGUUACCACGGACAGGUUCGAUAAGCCAAUUGCUGUGAUAAUCGAGAAGACUUUUUAUGACUACGAGACCUGCCCUGAACCGGCUCGAUUCUUCUAUGUUGUGGGUCACGGAUUAUCCUGGAAUGGCUCCUGCUAUUCUCGAUACCACGUACGUCGCAAAGUGAAAGAGUACAAGGGUACCAGGGAAAUCUCCUCUCUCCCUUGGACCAAAUUGAAUCCCGAUAUUCGGGAACAACUUAAAGCUCGUGGCAAGCUAUAUACCGCGCACUCGGGUGUGCAUUACAAAGUUUAUGAAUCUAAACGUGUUAUCGUCGAUCGGAUGGCGUUCGAUAAUCAGAUGGGCUACACUCGCGAUCCUGAUCAACCCAUACCCGAACUUGAAGAAGAGCGUCUUCAUCUCCUUCCUUCUGAAGUUUACGGAUUCAACCUCAUAUCGAAAGAGUGGACCAGUUUCCUCGUCGAGGAAUUAAAGGAAGUCAUAUUCGACGAGCAUGCAUGGGACCAUCUCGUCCUGGAUGAAGAUAUCAAGACACUGAUCAAAGGCCUUGUCGAGGUGACCAAGAACAAGAACUCUUCCAGAAAAAUGAUCAACGAUGUCAUCUCCGGGAAGGGUGGUGGGCUAAUUUCUGUCCUUCACGGUCCCCCGGGAACAGGAAAAACCCUCACCGCUGAGUCUGUGGCAGAACUACUCCGUCGUCCGCUCUAUAUGGUUGGUUCAUCGGAGCUCUCUGCUCGUCCUUCUAUGCUAGAGAUGAACCUUCGAUCCACUCUCAGUUUAGCAACAGCUUGGGACGCGGUGUUGUUGAUUGACGAAGCGGAUGUUUUCCUAGAGCAGCGCAGUCUGCACGAACUCGAAAGAAACGCCCUUGUUUCAGUGGCGUUAAGAGUUCUAGAGUACCACCGCGGCGUUCUUUUCCUAACUACAAACCGGAUCAAAACAUUUGACGAAGCCUUCCUGUCUCGUUUCUCAAUCGCUAUCAAGUAUCCCGAGCUUGACGUUUCUGGUAGACGUGCCAUCUGGAAGAAAUUCUUUACCCUCGCUGAUUGCACCGUGUCUGCGGAGGAUUUGGAGGUCCUGGCGAUGAAACCGUUCAAUGGCCGCACAAUCAAGAACAUGGUGAGCAUCUGUCCGGCGCCAUUGGCUAGUGUUAAACUCAUAAUUCCCGGAAUCAAGGUCCGAACUGCGCAGGCGUUGGCUCUUUCGACAGACCAGUCAUUUGGUAUCGAGCAUAUCCUGGUGGUUUCGAGAGCUCAGGAAAAGUUCCUGGAUGAAUUUUCUCAUUUGGAACGGUGA